AUGUCAAGCAUGGAGGAAGAUCAGUUUAGCGAAGAUUCUUCAAUAGAUGAAAGCCAAAAAAUUGAACAAAUAUUGGAGAUUGAGUCGAAAAUUCCAGAUAUCCUUUCCUACGCUAGCAAUUGCAUCGAUUCGAUUGAAACAAAAGAAUCCAUUGAAGAAUUUAACAAUAAUGCAAGGUCUUUCUUUCAAACAUUGGAAUACGUGUCUACGGGUCUUAGAAAACAAGUACUAGAUCUAGAAAAAGCAGAGGUUCCAUUGGUAUCGCUUCAGCCAAGAAAGCAUUAUGUGACCGAACCUCUUACUGGUAUUGUUUUUGAUGAAGCAAAUCGAUUGUUAUGA